AUGUCGUUUUCAACGUUCAGCUUCAAGACAACGAAGCAAAAACUGACGAGACAACUAAAUACUCUUAACGCUCUAAUGAAGGAUGUGGACGAAUACGAAACGGCUUGGACUUUCCCAAAAAAUCCAAGCCACCUAGAAUGCUUCGUUAUAGAAAAACAAGUUACAAUAAAACACCUGAGAGCUAGUAUUGAGGCCUUUACAGCAGAGGACAAGACUAUAACAGAAUCGAACUUUGACGAGUACUGGAAAACUAAAGCAGGAGAGCGACUCCUAACACAAGCAAUGGAAACUAAGCGACUGCUGGACAAACGACUAUCAGAACUUGAUUCCUCUAAGAAACAGAAUAACGAGACCUCUCAAUCGCAAACUAUAAGCAGCUGGCUCUCAGCAGAGAGAAGACUCUUAAGUAACGACCUUAAGAUUCCGGACUUCUAUGGAAACCCGUCUGAGUUUGGCCCCUUCUGGGAACUAUUUGACGAGUUGGUAAACAAACAACCCUAUACGAACAUCGAAAAGCUUUCUAUCUUACUCAACUGUUGCAAAGGGGACGCGGCACGGUCCCUACGAAUGAUCCCCAGGUCUUGA